GGUGACUAUGAUGAACUCAUCCCUCGCCCCUCGCAGAAAGUUUGCCGCCUUCCCCCCCUUCUCCCCUCCCCUCCCGCCCGCUGGCGCGGCAGGAGGCAGCUCGCAGCCCGGAGCUGGCCCCGGAGUCCUCGCUCCUGCUUAAUAUUCCGCCCGCUCCGCCGAUGUUGUGCUUGGCUCCGGUGGGACCGCAACUCACGGCGUGAAACCGGAGCCAAUUUUCUGUCUUAGUCUCGCAGUGUUUUGACUGGAGGCAGAUCCAGUUCAGUCCGAUUGGGGCUAGUGGAAACAACUACCUAAGUCUCCGCUGUCUGUGUCGUUUGGGAGGGAAGAAAGAAGAAAGGAACGCGAUCCCGGACUGCUGGGCGCGCUCUCUCUCUCACACACAGGCACACACACACGCACCGCACACACACGCACCCAGACAGGCAGACUCGCACCCCCUCCGGUGCCGAACGCGCCGUGCCAGCACCGCCGGGAGGAAAUGGGAAGCCAGUGAGCGGAUCCGUGCCGGUGCCGGCGCCCGCGAUGACCCUGGUGCUGCCCAUGCAGCGGCUGGGCCGCCCCAUCGCCGCCGAGGGAGCCGCCGACCUCGCCGCCUACCGCGCCCUCUGGGAGCCGCCCUGCUGCGGCCGCCCCGGCCCCGCCGCCCCCCCGGCCCCGGCGGCCCCCGGGCCCCCAGCCGCAGGAUCACAUUACAGGGGAAUUUCAAAUCCUGUAACAACAUCCAAGAUCACAUACUUUAAAAGGAAAUAUGUGGAAGAAGAGGAUUUUCAUCCACCACUCAGCAGCUGUACACAUAAAACAAUCUCCGUCUUUGAGGAGCGGGCCCAUAUUCUUUACAUGUCUUUGGAAAAGCUGAAAUUCAUUGACGAUCCUGAAGUCUACCUGCGGAGAUCCGUCCUCAUCAACAAUCUAAUGAAGAGAAUUCAUGGAGAGAUCAUCAUGCAGAACAAUUGGUGCUUCUCCGCCUGCUCCUUCAGUGGCACCUCACCACAAGAGUGGUUUGUGCCUCAGGACUGUCCAUACAGAAAACGCCUUCGGAUGGCAAAGGAGGAGUAUGAGAAGCUCCACAUGUGCUGCUUCUAUCAAGAAUGUGGCAGUCACUAUUUAAAUCUACCCUACUCUGUUAAUGCUGGUACAGAAAAUACUUCCUCCUCUUCCUCCUCCUCCUCUUCCUCCUCUUCCCCCCCCAUUUCUUUGCCAAGUUGUUCCCAGCAGGUGGAUUAUGACGUUGGCAGUGCACCUUCUUACAGAAGUGAUGACGAGAUACCUGCUAAUGAAAUAUUCAUCACUAAUGGCAGGUCUCACAGUAAUCAGGAAAAAGCAAAAUUUAAUGAUGAGAAAGGAGGUAAUGAACCUGAGCAAGGGAGCGUUGCUCUAAACUGUGAACCUGUAAGAGGCACCCAUGCUGUCGAAUGUAGAGGCAAAUUUUAUGACUAUUUUGAGACUGGAUGUAAUGACAAGAGCAACGUAAGUGAAUCUUGGAAAAAAUCCUUAAGGAAAAAGGAAUCUUUACCAAGUAAUAAAAUGUGCUGCAACAAAGGAAGUAAAAUAUGAGGCAUCUUUCUUGCUCUGUUGAAGCAUGCACGGCACGUUCUUUCUCUAUCAAAUUUUUAUUUUGAAUGGAUUUUUUAUAGUUUUCUACAAAUGGUACAAUCAUGCCACAAACAUGGCAUGUAGUUCUAAAUGACUGGAGAGCAGAUUGCAUAAAGAUACUCUGAUCUGCAUCAGCGGGCUAUUUAUAAAUAUGGUGACUUCAUAAAGGACGCAGUUGCGUUACUGCUGAGACUGGUGUAGCUAUGGUGUAGCUUUCAUUACUGAAAAUGCCAAUCAGCCAGAUGGGGAAAACAUAUCGUUUUAUGUAUCCCCGCCCCCAAGAAGUCUGCCAUUAAUUAAGAAGAACCUCCAUUAUGUUUACCAAGGAAUUAGAAGUCUGGUAAACAAAUUGAUGCUACCAGCAAGGAUGAUGUGCUCCUUGUAACUCGGUGUUCCUUCUGACAAAGGACCGUCUUCAUGGACUAGGAAUAAACCAUCCUUAUGUUUUGUACUGAUACUCUUGAAUUCCUGGAUUCAGCGUCUUGUUCAACUGACAAAAUAGGACAUAGCAUAAAGAAAUAACCUGUUUAUGGAAUCUUAAUAAGAAUGAGACAUGCAGCUCAAGUACUUGCGUGUUUUCACCUCGGCUGUAAUAACUAAUGAGGCUUGUUAUACAGGGCAGAUUUUUUUUGGUGCCUUACGUUUUGUCUUAAUUUUUGCCAGCGUGAAAA